GCGGAUAAGUAGGAAAAUGGCAGCGGCAGCCCCUCCUCGGAUAGGCCUACAUCUACAUGAUUUCGAGGACCGACAGAUCGAGAAAUCAUCAUUAGAAACUCUGCUUCAAAUGGGCUUUUCUAUACAAAGAGCUGAGAAAGCUCUUGCUGCAACUGGGGAUCGUGGUAUUCAGCUAGCUUCUGACUGGCUUUUGUCUCAUGUACACGACCCAUUGCUCGAUAAAAGCAUACCGAGGGAGUACAUUUUAUACCUGUGCCCUGUUGGUGCCUUUCAGUCUGAAGUUGCUAAAUUCUGGGACAACUCCAUGUCAAAAUGUGGGUGGAAUGGAGCACACUCAUAUUUCCCACACAUAACACUUUGCUCAUUUUUCAAGGCUGAAGACACCCAGGUGUCUUUUCUCACAGACUGCUUUACAAAACUUGAGGCGAGGCUCAACAAAGCCCCAGGCAAACUGAAUCUAGAUUUCUUUACCAACCCAUCUUUUAUUGGACUCUUUCUGUCUGAAAACAGCGAGCAUUUUAGAUUUCUCUCGGAAACUGUGCUGCAUUUUGGAAAAGAAGUAGCUCCUUUUGGGAUUACUGUUGGUCUACCUAAGAAACAGCUACACCUGACAUUGGCACACCAGUACCCACCCGAGCACCAUGAAGAGCUGGUGUCCCUGGCCAAACAGAUCGACCUGUCAGCCACGUGUCGCUGGGACAUGCGGCUCUACUCCAGAGACCCUCGCACGAGAAUGUGUGAGGUUCGUAAAGUUGUCAAGGCCUAUCCACCGAAGCUGGGUGAUGAGCUGGAACUGAUCGAGGGGGACUACAUCUUCCUGGAGCCGGACGAACUGAAGCAGAGUCAGGACGGGUGGUACCGGGGCACUUCGUGGCUGACCGGGUCAAGCGGGAUGUUUCCCGGCGUCUUCACACAAAAAACGGCCGAGACAUGGACAUGGACUCUACACAAGUCCUUGCCUUUAGUUGAACAACAGGUGAUAACGAAUGGGUCCUGUGAUGGAGACUAUGACAAUUUGUGGAAUAAUGAUAACAUGGAGGAUAUGUAUGCAAAGAUUGUUAAGAAGAAGAAAGCUAAGGAACUGACAGCCGAGCCCCGUAAACCACGACAGCUGUUCGUGAUGCGACAUGGGGAGCGCUGUGAUUAUGUGUUUGGGAGAAAAGACUGGUGCAGUCAUGCCUUCGACUCAUCAGGCAACUACAGGAGAAUUAAUCUUAAUUUACCAAAAACUAUGCUUCCCAGAAAUGUAGAAGAAUAUCGCCAUGACUGCCCUCUGACUGAGAUAGGAAAGGUUCAAGCAUAUAUAACAGGUGAUGGCCUGAAAUGCGGCUCAGUACAGAUAAGCCAUGUUUAUUCAUCCCCUUCUCUCCGAUGUGUGCAGACAGCCCAUGAAGUUGUAAAAGGUAUUGGGUGUUCGGCUUUGAUACGCGUGGAACCGACGCUGUUUGAGUGGCUUGGCUGGUACAAGCCCAACGUCCCCAAGUGGAUCUCAGUGGAGAAGCUGGCGUCGUUCGGUUACAACGUUGAUCCUUCGUACACGCCUUUCAUGGACAUUCGGAAUCUCAACACGGACGAAAGUCAUCAAGAGUAUUAUGCAAGGUCUUCGAACUUCACCAACUAUAUGGUUCGGAAGCAUGAGGAAGAAGGUGGGAACAUUCUGAUUGUGGCUCAUGCGGGGAAUCAUGACGCCUGCACGUACAAACUGUGUGGGAAGCGGGUGAAAUCUGAGACCCAGUUUCAAAUGGAUUUAUGUAAUGUCUCCUUCUGUGCCGUGGUUAUGAUUGAAGAGGACCCUGUCUCCAGGAGGUGGGCCUUCAAGGAGCCGCCCGUCACUCCACUGUGUCACGGGUUUAACAAGCUUUUCAACUGGAAGGAUGUGUAGAAAUCUGUGAUAGCUUACGUUGACCACAGUGAUCUGUAGUGCUUUAUAUGGUACAUGUUACAAACUUUACACUUGUGAAAAGUUUUAAUAUACUGUAAACCGGAUUAAUAUUGCAACAUGUUUUUUUCUACGAAUACACACCUUGGUGCAUGUUUGUGACAUUUAAAUUUCGCGAAUGAUCGUUGGCAUCUGUAAAAAAAAAAAAAAUUGUGUGAAAAUAAUGUGUGUGUAUAAAUUUUGCGAAUUGAGGUUAGGCGAGAAUGAUGCAAAAUUAAUAUGCACGCAAAUUUUUUCCUGGUUGGGUAAAGUUAUGUAAAGUUUUCAUUUAAUUGAAGUAGAACAUAAUAUUAUGCUUAAAAUACAGGGCUCGAACUUAAGAAUUUGUCUACCAUGGCAAUUUGUAAAAGAAUUGUCGUGGGUGAAACAGCCCACCGAUGGCAAUUUUGAUCCUGUAUAUGGCAAUGUUUUUAAAAGUGACAUUUGCAGCAAAUAAAUAGGUCUGAAAGGUUAUUUUACUGUAUGUAGACAUAUUUUAAAUGUGUAAAUGUUAAAUAUUGGCAGAUAAUGUACACCAGGUGUAUUCAUUUUGUCAUUGUUGAGGAGCUUUACCAACAAAAGUGCUGUCGGUGAUGGUCUCUGCUUACGGCAAUUUAUAUCUUAACGACAGCAAUUUGGUGCCAUUGUUGGAACCCUGAAAAUAUGUGAAUAACAACUGAAGAAUUGAUUUGCAAAACGCAGUAUAUCCAUUUGUGUCAUUUUGAGAAAAACAUGGUUUUGCUGCAACAUGACAUAGUGAAUAUCAAAGAAGCACAGUUUUAACAUUGUAUUGCAUUUUGACAUAAACUUUAUUUUCAUAUUAAUGAGUUGUAGUAACAUAGUACACCUUCAU